UCCAUUAGAAGUGCACAGAUCAACUGAGUGCGUCGUCGCUGAUCACAUUGGUCUGUGCGCUGCGCUGUGCUGUGCUGUGCUGUGCGCUGUGCUGUGCGGACAGCUGUGCGCGGUGCGACAUGUGGAUUUAAAAUAUAAAAAACUUUAAAUUUAAAUUGAUUUUAAAAUCUCCACAAUGGGAGAGGAAAAAAUUGAAAAUAUUCGACCAAAUGGUCUGGGUGUGCGACACGCGCAGACGUUCCUGCUCUUCCUGGCCAUGCUGUUCGCAUUCUGCAUGCGCGUUAACAUGAGCAUGGCCAUCGUUGACAUGACCAACGACCAGCACCCGGAGCACUUCGAGUGGUCGCACAGCGUGCAGUCCAUGAUCCUGUCGUCAUUCUUCUGGGGCUACAUCGUGCUGCAGCUGCCUGCGGGCGAGUUGGCCCGGCGCGUCGGCGGGAAGGUCCUCAUGACUAUCGCGGUGUCUGUUAACUCUCUUCUAUCUCUGCUCAUGCCUACAGCUGCUAAAAUCGGCGGUUGGCAGCUUGUGUGCGCAUGCCGCGUGCUGCAGGGCCUCACUCAGGGCUUCAUCUACCCCGCAAUGCACCACCUCGUCAGUCAGUGGAUCCCCCUGGAGGAGAACGGACUUCUCAGCACUAUUAUCUAUGCAGGUGGUCAGCUCGGAAUAGCGUUUCAGUUGAUAAUAUCAGGCUUCAUAGCGGCGGCGUGGGGAUGGCAGGCGAUAUUCUACACGAACGCAGUGCUCGGACUCGUAUGGACAGUGAUUUAUAUAAUAUUUGGAUCUUCGUCGCCGGAACAAUCGAAAAUUAUUUCGAAAGAAGAAUUAAAAUACAUACAAAGAUCAUUGGGACGAGUCGACAACCAAAAGCGUCAACCGGCGCCAUGGUCACAGAUAGUGAGGUGCGUGCCGCUGUGGGCGGCCGUGGUGGCGCACUGCGGACAGAACUGGGGCUUCUUCACGCUCAUGACGGAGAUGCCCACAUACAUGGCCAAAGUGUUGGGAGUGCAGUUGAAGAGCAACGGCGUGCUGUCGUCGCUGCCGUACCUGGCGAUGUACUUGCUGAGCUUCCCCAUGGGCGCCAUGACCGACCUCAUCAUCCGGCGCGGCUGGCUCAGCAUCAGCAACACCAGGAGACUAUUCAAUACUAUCGGUCUGUGGGGUCCGGCCAUAGCGCUCAUCGGCCUGAGUUACGUACCCGAGGGUGACACAUUGAUCGCUGUCACAAUGUUAACUGUCAGUGUCGGGAUAAACGCAGGACAAUAUGCCGGGUAUUUGCUCGUGAUAAUAGACUUGGCGCCGAACUUCAGCGGCUCCAUGAUGGGAAUAUCCAACUUCUUCGCCAACGUCAUCUCCAUCAUCGCGCCCCUCGUCUGCGGAUUUAUCAUCGAUGAUGAGACGGCGGCUGCGGAAUGGCGGAAGGUGUUCUUCCUCGCCUCGGGAGUGUAUUUCUUCACCAAUCUUUUCUUUUUAAUAUUUAUGACUUCGAGAAGGCAGACUUGGAACGAACAUAAGAAAGAAACCGAUAUCGAAAUAAAACCGACGACUCGCUGAAGAAACAUCGCUCUCUAUUUCGCUUCGUUUUUAUUUAUUUCUGUACCUGAAAUAAGAAAGGCUUGUAUAUACUUAGAUAUAAUAAAAAUAAAUCUGGA